CAAAAUUUUCUUGUAGUUAUAUGUCGAUAGUGGUUGUCAGAAGGUGACACGUCAGAAUUUGUGGUUAUAACAACAGAAAAAGUAAACGUUAAAAUAUGGUCUCAAUCCUGAAUUCUAUCGAUACAGGGCACGAGGAUAUGAUCCACGAUGCCGAGGUGGAUUAUUACGGAUUACGUUUGGCUACCUGUUCAUCGGAUAACAGCGUAAAAGUGUACGACAUCAGAAACGGCACUUCUACCCUUCUGGACGACUUAAAGGGGCACUUCGGACCCGUUUGGCAGAUCGCAUGGAGUCACCCCAAGUACGGAAACCUUCUAGCUUCGUGCUCUUACGAUAGGAAAGUGAUAAUCUGGAAGGAGCAGCAACGGAAAUGGGCCAAAUACUACGAGUACGCCAAUCAUGAUUCCAGCGUUAAUUCGGUACAAUUCGCGCCUUCAGAGUUAGGUUUGAUGUUGGCAUGUGGAAGCAGCGAUGGAUCCAUAUCAAUUUUAACUUACCAACCUGAAACUAACAGCUGGGAUGCCAAAAAAAUACAGAAUGCUCAUGCCAUCGGUUGCAAUGCUGUUAGUUGGGCGCCCGCCAUUACUUCAGUGUUUAAUAACAACGAAACAGACCCGCAGACGCCUGUCAAAAGAUUAGUAUCAGGUGGGUGCGAUAAUUUAGUCAAAAUAUGGCGCGAAGAUGGCGACCGAUGGGUGGAAGAAGCAAAAUUAGAAGUGCACUCUGAUUGGGUAAGGGAUGUUGCCUGGGCCCCUUCUGUUGGCAUCCACAGACACACGAUCGCCAGUUGUUCUCAAGAUCGUAGAGUUUUUAUCUGGACCAGCACAGACUGUAUAAAUUGGAACUCGACUGUACUGCACACAUUUGACGAUGUUGUUUGGAAUGUAAGCUGGUCUUUGAAUGGAAAUAUUUUGGCGGUUUCUGGAGGAGAUAACAAAAUAACACUGUGGGACCAAAAUUCAGAAGGAACAUGGCAGUGUAUUAGUGAUGUUGCCAAAGGACAGGGGCAAAUUAAUUAAGCUUAUCUUUAUUUCUUCAUUUUAACAAAUUUAUAUUAUGCUUACUCGUUUAUUGUAAUAAAAUUUGUUUGCUUAUAGGUUUUAGAAUAUAUUUGUAAAUUAAUACAAUGACU